AUGCCAAAUAAAAUUGAUCUAAAAACCAUAACUGACUGGUCUGUUUUGAUAGGAACAGGGAUAUCAAUCUAUUAUCUUUGCAGUAGACUUUUGAAUGAUGCCGAAAUUGGCCCGCUAGGAAGAUCUAAAGAGUCAAGACAAAGACAAGAAACUCAAUGGAAACGACUAUGUGAAAAAUCGCCCGAUUUUGCUAAUUUAGAAUUGAAUGCUUAUGAACAGAGCAUACUUGCAUCCGUAAUCACCCCAGAAGAAAUUAAUAUAACGUUUGAAGAUAUUGGAGGUUUAGAUCAUAUAGUGUCUGAGCUAAAUGAAAGUGUGAUCUAUCCUUUAACGAUGCCUGAACUAUAUACAAAUGGCUCCUUAUUGCAGGCUCCCAGUGGUGUAUUAUUAUACGGCCCACCUGGUUGCGGUAAGACAAUGUUAGCUAAAAGUUUGGCACUAGAAAGUGGUGCUAACUUCAUUUCUGUCAGAAUGUCUACAUUAAUGGAUAAGUAUUACGGAGAAUCAAACAAGAUGGUAGAUGCGUUAUUUUCCCUUGCUAAUAAAAUCGAACCAUGUAUAAUAUUCAUUGAUGAAAUUGAUUCAGUAUUAAGAGAGCGUACAUCUUUUGAUCACGAAGUAACGGCAAAUUUGAAAGCAGAAUUUAUGACUCUAUGGGAUGGGUUGAUAAGUAGUCGCAGGAUAAUGGUUGUUGGUGCUACAAACCGUAUUAAUGAUAUUGAUGACGCAUUCUUAAGGAGGUUACCAAAGAGGUUUUACAUAUCGUUACCCAAUGCCGAACAAAGAUCACACAUUUUACAAGUUUUACUUAAGGGAACUGAACUGGAUGAUGAAUUUGAUUUGGAAGCAGUCGUUGCACGAACUGACGGAAUGUCUGGUUCCGACUUAAAAGAACUUUGUAGGGAAGCUGCCCUUAAAGCUGCUAAGGAAUAUAUCAAGAAAAAACGAAUGCAGGCCAAGGAAGGGGAAACAAAUCCAGACGCGACGCUUCUAAAAGUAAGACCACUACGGACAUCUGAUUUUACAGGAGUCAAUGAAGAACCUAACAACUUGGGAUUGGAUUAG